UAAUGCGGAGGAGUUGAUGCUGAUCCCCUCAGCAGUAUGGGGUCCUCCGACCUGAACUUGGACGAUACCGUGGAGAAGCUUUUGAAUGGAGAAGGCGUAGAGGUGACAGAGUUUGACUCCGUGCCUGAACAAGUGAAACCCGUGGCAUUGAGGAAAACCGUCUGCUACAUCGUCAGCGCGAUUAUUUUCAACUCAAAGAAGGAGGUUCUGAUGGUCCAGGAGGCAAAGAGGGAGUGUUAUGGACAGUGGUACCUGCCGGCAGGUCGUAUGGAGGAAGGGGAGAGCAUUCCAGAAGCCUUGAGGAGAGAGGUGAAAGAGGAGGCGGGGUUAGACUGUCAGCCAAUCACCAUGCUGCUGGUACAGGAACAGGGGCCGCGGUGGAUCCGAUUCGCUUUCCUGGCUGAAGCAACAGGGGGCGCUCUUAAGACAGUGGCUGAUGCGGACAAAGAGUCUCUACAGGCACAGUGGUGGGACCGUGAGUCUCCUCUUCCUCUUCGUGGCCAUGACAUCCUUCCCCUCAUCAACGCCGGCCUUAAGUACUCCGAGAAGCCCUCGUUCCCGCCAUUCCAACCCGUCGACUUUCCCUGUCACGUCAUCUGCCAAAGACUCCUCCUCGCCUUCGUUAGGAACGGUAACCAAGACGACGGCGACGAGAAUCACCUCUGGCUGUUGCUAAGCGACGGGACAGUUGGCGAACGCGACGACGACACUCAGCCUCAUCUGCCCGUCUCGGUGUCUGUGAGAACACGCUCGGUGAUGUGGGCGACCCAUAGACUGCUUCGCGAGUGCAUGCCGUCUUCCUACGAUCAGCUUAACGUGAACGUGGCGGGGGUUCUGGGAGUCCAGCAUAACGGCAGAGUACCUGGGAAAACAGACGGCAUCUGUUUCAACACCCUGGUGUCUGUGGAACACACAGGGGAGGGAACAGAGCUUGACAUCACUAACCCACCGCCAUUGGAGGAUGACAAGUACAGAUGGGAAGACGUGACCAAUGAGAGCCUGAAGGAAAAGAUACUACAAAGGAUAAAAGAUGUGUCAGUGCUACCUGUGCAGAGUCUUUACUGGUGA